CCCCAUGCCCGCGAGGCAAAGGCGACGGCCCUGAUGGGCUCCGAGCAGGCACCUUGCUAGGUGGGGAACCCGGACCGUCUCAGAGCCAUGGGGGUGCUGGUGUCCAAGCGGCAGACGGUGGAGCAGGUCCAGAGGGUCAGCCUGGCGGUGUCCGCCUUCAAGGACGGGCUGCGGGAGCGCCCUGCUGCCAAGCGCAAGCCGGAGGGAGCCGCCAGCCGGCGAGGGACCAUCGAGGACGCGGUGCAAGAGCUCCAGGAGGAGGCGGCAGCGGAAGGGGGGUCUCCGGCAGGACCCUCGCGGCAGGAGGGCGGCAGCAGGCGGAGGGCAGCCUGGGAGAGGCUGCGGGACGGGCGAGGUGUGGAGCCCGAGGAGCUCGGCCCCGCCACCAGCCUCACGCCGCCAGCCUCUGCCCGCCCCACGCGGGGGCAACACGACGACGAGCCCAUCGAGAUCAGCCUGGCGCAGCGGGAGCAGGUGACCAACGACGAGAUGUGUGAGGUGUGCGAGGUCUGGACGGCAGAGAGCCUCCUACCGUGCCGUGUGUGCACGCGGGUCUACCACGACGGCUGCCUGCACCGGAUGGGCUUCCUGCCCCAGGACAGCGCCGCUGAGGUCACUGAGGCUGCCCAUUCGGAGGCCGGCUGGAGCUGCUACUCAUGUGACAACCUCAACUUGUUACUCACAGAAGAAGAGAUGAGGAGCCUAUCCCAAUCCUUCCGACAAUGCAAGGUCACCCCUGAGAGUGCGCUGACCUUGGAUGACUUCUUGAACUACAAGCGCCUGUCGAGGCAGCAAGAGGGCGAGCAGCCCACCAGUGAAGAACAGGAAGAACGUGAUACUCUGCAAUUUGCUGCCCUGGACCCUGAGAAGUCGGGCCACAUUGAAUGGGUGGAUUUCCUCUCCCACGAGUCCAUCCUGCUGCUGCAGAGGACACGCACACAGAAUGCCCUGCUACGCCUGCUGACAGGCAAAGAGCGAGAGAGGGUGCGAGCCAUGUUCCUGGCCCUGGGUCAGCAUGGGGAUGGGCUCAUCAGCGAGGCAGAGAGUCGGCGCACCCAACACACCUGGUUCUGUAAGCGGCACAAGGAGACGCCCUCCUGCAAUGUCAGCAUCAGCCAUGUGGGCCCCAUCUCCGAGAGCAGCCCGGCCAGCAGCACAAGCCAGGACCAGGCUCUGUUGCACAGAGAACCAGAGGAGCCAAGCCGCACUAUCGACUGGCCGGCUUUCCUGCGAGAGAGCGCCAUCUACAUCCUUGCUGCCCGGCCCAACAGUCCCGCUGUUCACCUCAAGCCAUCGGCAUAAUAAGGGCUUGCUUGGCAAGGAGGGGGGGUCGCAGACAAACAGACUUGCCUUGCUGGGAAGAGAGGGGACAUGUCCAUGAGCCUGCCUUGCCAUCUUGAUUUGUGCAGGCAAUGCCUCUUUCUUGCUGGAGACCCACAAGACGCUCUGCCUACCGGCCAGAGCACUACCAGGGGUGGUUAUGGAGGGCAAAACGUUUGGCAUUUCUAAAUCUCUCCCCACAUGCUGUAAAUGCAUACACACACACACACAGAGAGAGAGAGAGAGAGAGAGAGAGAGAGAGAGAGGCAGGGCCUGGGUUGGAUGGGAUCAGAUCAUACCUUUUUUACCAAUAGCUUUAAAAUGUUGACAUUGUACUUUCUGGUUGGCCGACGGAUAAAGCAGCAUCGAUGCUUCUCUCCCUCCCCUUUCAGUUUGGCCCUUUUCAUUUUGACUGGCUGAGAGGGACAGGAUUCAAAUCUUCCAGCAGCCCCUCAGUUUCUGCUUAGCUAAAAAAUAAGAAAAGAAAUCAAGUGCUCCUCAACCAUCUCUUUAGCCACAAGGUUAAUCUGCUUAUACAUCACAGCCAAUUUCUUGUGUUUCUGACCAGCCAAGCUCGGAGCAUCUGCACAUCUCAGCCGCUUCCUAAUUUUCUGAAUGGCCAAGAGAGGACAAAAUGUCAGCCUCACUGUGGCCUUCUUGUUUUGCAUAGCCACGAAAGUAAAGGUAAUCAAGCCUAUCCAUCUGGAGGACCCUCACUCUGUCUCCCUUCUGGAACAUCGACAAAAGAACAAAACAGGAGUUGCUCUUGCCCCACUUCCAACAAGCACCGUGCUCACGCGCUGCAGUUGCAUUCUAGUUUGUGAAUUGGCUGUGAAGGGAGAGGACCAAGCACAGGUACCCCAGGGGGGCAUGCUCAUUUUUGACGGGCUGAGAGCAGGGGUGGGGGAGAAUGUCCCUUCACAUUUAGAGGCAACCCCCCCCAAUUCGCAUUUUCCAAAACAAUCCAAGAACCAAAAAACCUGCAGCCGUUCAAAAUCCAUGGGUCUGAAUUUUGCAAUGCAGUUCCCUGGCCACACGUGUACAGACAUGUAUAUUUGGGGGAAAGUGUGCAUGAAAAUGCAUAUAUUAGUUAAGGUACCAUAUACUGGGGAAAAUUGCUUUGCAAAAUUGCAUUCAAAAAUGUGUUUAGUAGGAGGAAUUCACACUAAAAUGCUGUUGAAUUUUCAUGAGGACUUUUUAAAGAAGAAAAUCACAAACUGGUGUUGAUAUGAAAGAUGUGUUGAUAUGGAAAUUUAAGACUGGGAAAAAAGUGAGACUGACAGAUGGGCCCAUCCUUCACUGAGUGACAGCCAAGCUCAUGAGUUGUCUGCAAGACCUUGCGUGUUCACAUGGCCUUAAUAUCCAUUUUCAGGUGGUGGUGGGGGGAGAAGGGCAGAAUCCUUUGCUAGCCCAAAAUAAGCUCUUUAUUUCCCAAAUGAGAUGCCUGUUUGCAACUACUGGAGUGGAUCCUGGCUGCUAAUGACCUGCAACCCUGCAAGAGGAACUCUAGACGUAUUAUUGCCUCUCCUCCAUUUGAGGGAUACAGGAGGAGAUGAUCCCAGCAUGCUCGGGCAUCAAUUUCCAGCAAGACAUAGAGCAGCUAGCACUUAACCAGGGCUGGGAGUGCCCCACUUGCCCUUUGUGGAGAGAUUUCCACUCCCAAGAAGGUUCCCAAUAGCUCACCUAUGAGAACAAAAUAAGACUAUGUGAACCUCCUACACUGUUGGACCAGAGGCUGAGGGUCCAUCUAGCAGUGGUGGCUGGUGCCCAUUGGCAGAAGGCAGGAAGACCAACAGCAGGGGAAGCUGGAGCCAAGGACUGGCAGAACCAGCGGAUUCUUCUUUUGUCCGCAUCCUCCCUGCACAGUUCUACAAGGGCAAAACUGAGACUAGGAGGGAGGAAGCUGACCCCCCUCUGGACUGGUUGUAAGUAAGAAGGCAGGCAGGUAGGGGGCUGACUGAGGGCACACCGAGGGUGUGGGGCAGUGCCCCUUCAGCACUAAUGGAGCAGCCUCCAAUACUAUCAAGUGUUCUACUUGGUUACUAAGAGUGGCCAGCUAGUUCCCUUGGGGAAAGCUUAUAAACCCUGACCUCCCCGCCAAAAAAUAUCCUGGAUUGUUCUAGCAAUAGCUGCCAAAACAGAAAAUCAGGAGGAUGACUAGAGAAGCAGCAACUGAUGUUGCAAAUGCCUCAUUCAAGAAAAGUAUCCAUGUUGCAGCACGGGGAAGGGGUGGAAGCACCCUCUACACAUGGCACCACAUCUCUUCCAGUCAUUGCUCUCCUGAUACAGAAUCCGUCCCCGCCAUAUCCUGCAACUGUAACUGAACCAACCAUCUCUCUCUCCUCUAUGUAAGUACAAAGUGGGGGCCCUUGAGGACCCCGAGUCCUUGCCUAGGAUGGCUGUCAGUGGCUCGCCUUGGCCUUGGCCAUGUCCCUUAACUUGGCCUCGAAGCUACAUUGUGGGCAAUGUUAACAACACCGGAAGAGCUCUGCUGGAUCAGCCAACUGCAAAGUCUAUAGUUCACGUGUGCUGAGCUUCAGGGGCCAAUCAGGUGAGCUGGACUUUCCCCUCCUCCCCCAGCUAUGUCACACUUAGAAGCGUGGACAGAACAUGACCACAUAGGCACACAGAAAAAGCACAGCACCGCUUGCAGCUUCCAAUGGGAGAGCAACGACUGGAUAGCCUAAGAGCCACCCGUCUGGAGGCAGCUUUGGAGAUGGAAAAUACGAGGACAAUGUCACACAAAGGCCUUACAUCAAUUCAGUCUCCCCCCAUCCCUGGAGAAGUGUCAGGUGCCGUGGAGAAAGGCUGGGCAUUAUAUUGGGGGGGGUCAAGAAAACAUGUCUGCACUGGCAGCCCAAUCCACAUUCAUCUACCAAACUGGCCACUACCACUGGCAGAUCACCCUCCUCAUCUACCCUCAUCUACACAGACACAGAGGCCAGGACUUUUCAUCGUUUUGCAGCUGACCUGUAUUUGGUGAAGCUUCUUCAUGCUCUCACCAACCAACUCAACUAGAUCUACCAGAGCCCAGACACAGGACUGAUUCCCCUUAAGAUGUUGGCCUCACUCCCUGCUGUGUCAUCUUAGUUCAGACUCCUAAGAAGAGCUUGACUGCUGGAUCAGACCAAAGGCUGAGAUCCUGUUUCCCACAGUGGCCAACCAGAUGCCUUUGGGACACCACAAGAAGAGACGGGCAUAUUGCCUCUAACCCUGGAGAUACAUAUCCAUCAUGACUAGUAGCCAUUAAUUGCCUUAUCUGCCAUGCAUUUGUUCAACCUGCUUUUAAAGCCAUCCAGGCUGGUGGCCAUCGCUCCAUCUUGUGGCAGUCAGUUGCAUGUGCACUAUGCGAAGAAGUGCUUCCUUUUGUCUGUCCUGAAUUUACUACCCUUCAGCUUCGUUGAAUGAAAGUUCUAAUAUUUCCGGAGAGGGAGAAAAACUUCUGCGCUGCAGAGGAGAGCCUGUUACACUUGGUGAAGACCAAGCAAGCAAUUCAGACUUUGCCACUGUUGCCCCACAGAAACACCCCACAUCACAGCAGGCCAAUACAACUGGAGGGGGCAGCUGGACACCCAUGAAGAAUGUUGCCUGUUCUUAAGACAGGAGUUGACCAGGUUCCAAAUAACAUAUCCCAGACAAAUAGCCAUAUUAGUCCUUUAAAAUACAAUCCAUAGGGGCAGUAAAGGACUGUCCCACAGUAACAGUGCAGCAUACGGCUUUCAAGAUGCACAGGAUGUAUUUCUGAAACUCUCGUUCGGUGAUCUUUACGUGGCCUUUUUCAUAGGACUCUGUAGAGAUGCAUAAACACACACGCAGGACUGCGGGGACUCUAAACCUCUUCCUUUGCUCUUCCACUGCGCUGCUCAAUCCCGUACCAAGGCAUCCCCAGUUCUGUGAUCUGAAUAAAUGAUGUGAAUUGAGCACUUUGGGGCUUUGCACAAUUUUUCCUGAGUUUAGC